AAUUACCUUUACUAUUCGUUCUUGAAAGGAAAAAACAUAAUGUUUAGUUUUGAGCUCUAAUCAGUUGGCUUUUCUAAUGCACGUAUACUCGAAAGGAACACGAUACUACCAUUGUUUGUAAAAAGUAGUAUGUUGAUGUGUAAUAUUAUGGCACACAGUUACACUUGAAUCAUGUCAACCUUUCUGUGUAUGGUUGUCAACUUGUAGAAUAUAAUGGAGACAAAAUACCGCCACUAUAUGGAUGUUCACCAUUACUGUCAGUUAUAGGCAGUGAAUAUAUAACCGAUUUUAUUCAUUAAACUCAUGUUCAAAAUAUUUGUCUUUGUGCUUUUCUGCAUCAUCGCAAAAUUACAUUUGUUGCCAUUAUCACACAGCCUUUUUAUUACCACCCUGUCCAUAAGAAAGAUUUCUCUGCGUCAGAUAGAAAAACAUUGCAGCGAUAUUCCUCUAUCUCACGCAUUCAAUUGCCAUAUAUUGACUACGUAUUCUAAGCGGCUUAAGCAUUAUCGACAUCUACUGCAGCAACUGAAAACAAUUAACGCAAAAACAAUGACAAGCUAUGCUGUUAUUCAAAAUGAAAGCCCUUAACGUGAAUAAAGUUCCUUUGAUGGUUGCAUUUAUGAACUUUAGCAUAGGUGUGGCAUUGCAGAUGCCUCAGAAAAAAAAUGUAGUUCUUGCUUUUGCAUGAAUGCAAUCCAUAUCCGCAAGAAAUUCAAAAGCCAAGUUAAGUGAUAGCGUUUGCCUUGUUUUGGGAUAUAUUGCUUACAUAAAGCGAUCCCUUCUUUUUUUGGUAUGUAUCAAACGAACAUUACGGAAAUCGUAUGAAAACUUAUUUAUUACGAUAUGGAAGAAAGACAAAAAGGUAUUUUAAUAGCAAAAUGUAUAUCAUCUCCAGAAGAGUAACAGGAAGGGCUACCAGAUGGAAUACAAAGGUCAUCGAAGGGUUUCAAUGGAUAUUCUGACAGCAAAUGAAAUUACAGCCAUUUCUGUAAUCAGGACAGCAUGUAAACCCUUCCGGGCAACGGCGGACACCAGAACAAGGAUCGCGGAAGCAUGAUACAUUCAAUAAAUUGGGACAUUGCUGCCCAUGAGAAGUGCCACAUAAGCUAUUGUUCUCUAAAGUGUUCGCUUUUACAGAUAGGCCCAUGAUAUUGAGAACAAGGAGAGCAAUAUUAAAUCUUGAUAAAAGCUUCAUUUGGUGGUUAAGAAAAGGAAGAGUUUGAAAAAGAAUCAAAUAUCUUCUAUUAAUUUGAA